AUGGUCACCUCUCCUUUCCACCACUCCUGUCUCCUCCCCGCUUUCCCGCGUCCAUGGGUGACUGACGCUGGGAUGUAUGAGCCGUUCUAUCUCACAUUCGACGCCUACCCAACCGUCGUCCCGCGAGUGAGGGUGCGCGGCCUCAUGGCUCUCUUCCUGGCGGGCUCAAUCCUAUGGGCCCUGAUUUGGCUCCUGUACCGAGCAUGGCAGGUUUGCCAGACCCCCAAUGACGUUCUGGUGGAGAAGUUGGGGCUCGACAUUCCGCCGCCCCCAGAGGUGACCCUUGAGGAGAUCACAUCGCGUGAGAUUCGUUUAGCUUGGAAGCAGCCGGACUUCCAUAACUCCAUACACAAGCACAUCAUCCAAGUGAACAAUGCGAAAGGUAUGAAUGGUCUCCGCAGCCGCCGGAGUUCUCGCGAACUCGAGUGGAUGCUAACGAAGUAUCUUACAGUGGGCGAGUCGAAGCGAGCCGAAACUGCGGUCGAAAUCUUGAACCUCAUUCCCGGAAACAUAUAUCAUAUUUGCGUUCUUUCCGUCAGCGCAGCGAAUUUCCAGACCCCAAGUGCGAUCCUUCAUGUGCGAACAAAAUCUCUUCCACUAUCUCAAGCCCAACAAGAUGGCACGACUGGCGGCCCAACUAUCCGAGCUUCGAUUCCAAGGUCUACGGCCGGUUUGCCUACUCCAUCAGCCCCGGUCAUGUCUCGCGAGCACAGUGCCGGCCAAAUGCCCGGGAAACGGCCCUCGACAGGACGCAAGUUAUCGCCUGCCGCAGGCACAGCGGACUAUGUGCAUGGCUACUCGGACGAAUUACGUCGGAGUGGCUCUCGGAACAAUCGUGAUGAGACCUUGGAACAAUUAGCGGAUCGCCUCAAAGCGUUACAACAAGAAAACGAUAAUGUAGAAAAACAAGCAACGGAAGAGGAUGACGAACACAUUGCAUUGCUAAAGGAUCUUGAGAAGCAGCGCGAUGAACUCAAGAAGCGCGUCAAGGAGAAGGACGAAGUCAGUGGGGAUUUGAAAAAACACGUUUCGAAGCUGGAAAGCGUCAACCGCACCGUGCAAAGCGAGAAGACAAAGCGCAUGAGACUUCUUCAGCAAAAAGAAGCGGAACGCAACAAGCGCAAGAACGACAUUUUGCGGUGGCAGGAUAAGAUUGCGCGCAUGACUUCUGAUGCUACUCAGGCUAAGGAAGACAAGUCCCGGCUGGAGGAAGAUGGCAAAAUUCGAGCGGAUGAAGUCCGCAAGAAGAUUGCGAAGGAGCAAGCUGAUAUGAAAAUCAUCGACGAUGAGAUUCAAGAUAAGGGAGGACGAAUCAAGAAGCUCGAGGAUGAGAGGAAAGGACUUCAGGACGGCGAGAGUGAGGAUGGCAAAGAGCUGGAUCGAAUCGAUAACGAGCGGGCUCGACAGUGGGAAAUGAAGCUCAACAACUUACAUGCCCGCUAUGCAACCCUGGUGAAUAUUCACGCGCAGGCCCAGCAACAAUAUCAAGAAGCCCAGGAACGACUGAAAUGGCUCACCAACCAGCGUCCUGGCAGCUCGGGUCCGUUCACCCUGCCGUCAUUGGAUCUGGAUAUGUCAAACACUGCAACAAUCCGACCUCGCCGCCAUCGUAGCUCUCUGACCAGCAAUGUUUCUUCGCCCGUGAAUUUUCCAGGUGUUGAAACCGCCUUCCCCAGUGGUAUCAACUACAAUCCACCCUCAACGAAUUCGCCAACUUUCCCUCCAAGCUCUACUUUCUUCAACAUCAACAAUGGAAUGGCCCUUCCCGGUCUUUCUGAUCCCCCUGAGAUCAUGCGGUCAGACAUGGAGGUUUCAUUCAAUAACCCGCAGAUGAGCCCUCGAGCAGAUGCUUUAUUGCCAUCCGACCUUCUUGGUGACGAAGAAUCGCCCGAAUUUCCACGGCCAAUCACCCGACCGCGCUUCUCAACUAUGGAGGCACCGAGUAAUCCUUUGGAUAGCUUUGGUAUUGGACCUUCCUCACCUGCUUCGUCUGGGAGCAGACCAGGUAGCAUCUUUGCCAGCCCGCAUGAAACUCUUAACCGACAGGACUCUGAUUCUCGGCCGGUUGGUUUGUCCGCUGCUGGAGAGCGCCCCAAGAGCGCAUCUCGAAGACUUUCCGGACUUUUCGGCUUCCAUCGACCUCGUGGGAAGACGCUGGCCGACGAGCCGCCAAUGCUUGGUACCUUGAAGCCUGGCCAGAGCCAGUCUUUCCCGCGAAACGUUGAUGAGUUGGACCCCAUCGGCUCCCGGCGCCGGCGACUGAGCUACACAGGUAACUGGGCAAAGCCGAUGGCCUUGUUCCCUCGAAGCAAUACUACUGGCGUGUCUACGGAUAGCUCCUCGGAUCACGCGCCAUCUCGACGAGCUGUGUUCUCCAGUAUCUUCUCAUCUAGUAAAUUUGGAUUUGGCAGCACUGGCAGUGGUGGAAACUCCGACUUGAGCAACGGGUAUAACCAGUUCAGCCCGCGGCAUGAUCCCAUUGAUCCCUCUUCUCUUCUUGGAAACGUUCGUCGCGGCUCUCUGUCCCCCCGUCCUUCGUCGACCUUUUCUUUUGACAAUCAGAACCAGCUUCCCCAUCCCUCCACGGACAACCGUCAUUUCGGAUGGCCGUCAACCGAGCAAAUGGGACAUCGCAACAGCCCGCUCGGGUUGGAUUGGGCCUCCCCGCCAACGUGGUCCCGAGCACCGUCCCGUCGCCCUUCUAUUCAAUAUGGGUCUUCCGGCCAUCUUCCAUUGGGCCUGACAGGUGAACCCGAUUUUAUCGGGGACUCGUAUGACCGCCAGCUUCGGCCGCUCCAAGCUCCAAUUGGCACCCGGCCAUCGUCAUCCCACCGACCGAUUACCCCGAAGCUCAACCCCGCAGCACCGACCUUCACGGCGAUCUUCACCGGUAAGAAGUCAGACAGUGAUAAGGAGCCUGACGUUACCUUUGAUCUCCACGUAGAUGAUGGAUCUCCGUCUGAGCCGCGCACAUCCCGAGACUCCCGUUCCCUGUCUCACUUCGCCGGCGACUCAUACGAAUCCCUGGAGCGCAUGCCAUCUGGAACAUCCGUGGACAACGUGUCCAAGGAAUCUUUUAUCCGCAAGAUCACCCGCAAGGGCAGCUCUAGCAAGUUCAGCUCCUGGAAAGACCGCUCAGGUCUGUUCUCCAAGAAGGGCGAGUCCUCGCAAGGUGACAUUGACGAGGACGCAGCCAGCGAGGCCCAACUGGGAAAGAGCAUUGACAGUACUGUCUCUAGUGUCCCCUCCGUGGACCGGUCGACUCGGAGCAGUCUAGGAUUCUUCUCGCGCAAGUCGCGCAAAUCUGACAAAGCGAGCGAGACUAGUGAGCGAGCUAGUGAAACAGGCGAUGAAGAAUUCGCGAUCCCCGAGAUCGCUGAAUCAUAA